UUACCUUUUACUCAAACAAGACAGAUUUUCCCACUUGGAAUGGUGAGUUUAAGCAUAAAUGAUAUUAGUACUUUCGGGGUCUGCCUAGGGCGCUUGCAGUUACCCCAGAAUUCAUCAGGGGAGCAGUGUUUAGUGGCAUUUGUGUUUUCUCUUCCCUCCUCUCAUCUUUGUAAGUAUGGAGUAAUGUCACCAUGAAGUAAGUAGGGCUUCUCUUGCCUCUUGUGAAUGGAGAGGCAUGUCCUGGCUCCAGUUCGCAGCCCUUGCUCUUGCCAUUUCUGGGCACUGGGACUCUUGCUUGCCGCUGUGAGACGCUGCCCCUCCUGCCCUGAUGGUUACCUGGUCCUUGUCUGGUUCAGUGCAUUUGUAUGUGUAGAUGUCUGUGGACCACGGGUCCUUUCAUGGGAGAAAACGUGAGAUGUACAAGCAGCAAGCGCCCCAUCCUUGGAGGCUGAUGAGGGGGGGCCCGCAGAGCGGUGUGCACCUCAGGACAGGUCCCUCUGCUUUGGCUCAGGACAGGCACUGGCACACGAGUGAUCUCAACCUCGGGCAGGCUGUUUCGGAUCAUAGGCAUCACACACACACACACACACACACACACACACACACACACACACACACACACACACAUUUGAAGUCCAGACCAGGGGAAGCUGGGAAUGAGGUUCAGCAGGGCCGAGGGCACCCCCCGACCCCCAGACCCCAGGCCAGGCAGUCGCACUGGCUUCCUAGGAGCCCCGGGCCUGCUGGUGUUCCUUGCAGCUGCCUCCAUGGCGCCACAGCACUGGCUGUCUCUGCGUCUCCUGUGACGUGUGGUCCCAUCCUCCCAUUUUCGCUGUCGCUGCUUUGCUUAGCUCGUGUUUGACAGCGUUGUGGAACCUUUGGUGCUAUUCUAAUAAAUAUUUUUAGAGGGAAAUGGAAGAGUGAAAUGCUGCCUUGUUACAAGGGAAACAUAGCCAACGAAAGAAGCUCUGCAGAAAGUUCCAGAGUGGAGAGGAGGGCAGGGCCCCCCUGCUUUGGUGGGGCUGGUGGGGGUCGGGGGUCACCCCUGAGAAGGGCCUGCCCAGGAGGCAGCCGAGGCCUCGGCGACAAGAAAUGGCCUGAUCCUUCCUUCCAGGGAGUUCCCUUGCCUUCCCCUCUCACCGCCUCUAGCAGGGGGUGGAUGCCUUAGGGCCUCUGUGACCCGCCUGGGGACAGGCUGUGGGACGAGCUGUGAAAAAUGGUGACCACCCAAAGCCCGAGGCCCGGGACCGCUUGUCUUCCCUGUCACAGGCCUGGUCCCAUGUCCCUCCUCCCGAGGCCGCUGUUUCUGCCUUUGGGGACCUCCAGGGGCCUCUCCCCCGCCACGUCCUCCUAAUCUCUGAACCCAUUUCGCUGAGGACAGGAAGCGCCCGCUCCCUUCCUGCCCCUGGUGUCCUGAGAGAAAACUCUCUUCCCUCCUUUUUUGCAUAUUUGGCGAAUGGUCCCACCUUCCUCUCCGCCCCAGUGGAGUGCGAGGGCGCUGGCGAGGGCGGCAGCAGGGUCCCUUCCAGGUGGCUGAGUCCCGGGACUGUGCAGCCCAGGGUCCGAAGGCCCCAGGCCUCAGAGAUAACCUGAGGACAAUGGACGCUGAUGAGAGUCAAGACGUGUCCCGAGUUUCAGUGUGACACCCUGGCUAGAGAAACCUCCGAGGGAAAACUAGGUUUCCUGUUCAGUCUGAGAGCCAGUUGGAAAGCAUGCAGUUGCUGGUGCUCCUCCUGGGGAGGAAAAAGGACCCAUUGGAUCUGUCUUGGCCUCCAACCAGAUACCAACGAGGGUGCAGAAGAGAGAGAGAGGAAGAGGGAGGAGAGGGGAGGAGGCGGGUGGAGGUAGAAGAGCAGAAAGGACUUGAGAAGAGCUGGGGCACAAUUCAGAAUGCUGGUUAAGUGUGGAGACAGAGCUGCUCCCCUGGACCGGAUGGAUUUCAAGUCCUGUUGGAUGUGGCUGUUCCCCUCAGUCACCGGAGACCCGGGGCAUGGCCGCUCCCAGUGGGAGACGAGGCCCAAAGCCGAUUCCACUGGCCCAAUGGAUGACGCCCAGGAGGGCGGAGCCGCAGCCAGGCUGGUAGAGCCUGGGCAGCUCAGCGGGCAGAGGCGCAGGAAGCCCACCACCCUGCUGGCCCCAACCCCGGAGUCCGGCUGUUACUGAACCCUGCCUCUGGGUCUCGGUCAGUCCUUGCGAUGGACAGCAGAGCGGAGCCUGCGCUGCGGCCCUGCCUGUGGCUGCUCCCGGGGAACGUGCAGGAGAGGGACUCGGGGUCCCUCGGCCUGGAGAUGGACCGCCUGCUGCAGGAAGUAGCCCUGGACGUGCUCUCACCGGGGCACAGGGAGGUUCAGCCGUGCUCACCGCAGCCCUGGCGCCCAGGCUGGAAGACACUUCGUCCGUCCCUGCGCCUGUUCACUCAGCUCUUGGCAGUCAGGACGGUGUGACUAUAGCCGUACAGAAAGACACAUCCAAGGUGCACGAGAAGGUGCACACAGCAUGUUUCGUGAGGAGGGAAGGAGAGCCCUCCCGUGAGCGACACCGCGGACGAUGGCGAUGAGCCCAUGCCGGUGCCCGAAGACCUGUCCACCACGUCUGGAGGACAGCAGAACUGCAAGGGCGAGAGAGGAGCCGUUGCUUAUGGGGCUGACGGCUUUAGGGAUUUUCAUGCAAUAAUUCCCAAUUCUUUCUCCCCCGGUAAUGUUAAAGUAGAGACUCAGAGUGAUGAAGAGAAUGGGCGUGCCUGUGAAAUGAAUGGGGAAGAGUGUGCGGAGGAUUUGCGGAUGCUCGAUGCCUCCGGAGAGAAAAUGAAUGGCUCCCACAGUGCCCAAGGCAGCAAAGCUUUGUCAGGAGCUGGAGGCAUUCGACUUCCUAACGGCAAACUAAAGUGUGAUGUCUGUGGGAUAAUUUGCAUCGGCCCCAAUGUGCUCAUGGUCCACAAGAGAAGCCACACUGGAGAGCGGCCUUUCCAGUGCAGCCAGUGCGGGGCCUCCUUCACGCAGAAGGGCAACCUGCUCCGGCACAUCAAGCUCCACUCGGGGGAGAAGCCCUUCAAGUGCCACCUCUGCAACUACGCGUGUCGCCGGCGGGACGCCCUCACCGGCCACCUGAGGACGCACUCGGUUGGUAAACCUCACAAAUGUGGAUAUUGUGGCCGGAGCUAUAAACAGCGCAGCUCUUUAGAGGAACAUAAAGAGCGCUGCCACAACUACUUGCAAAGCAUGGGCCUCCCAGGCACGCUGUACCCAGUCAUUAAAGAAGAAACGAAUCACAGUGAGAUGGCAGAAGACCUGUGCAAGAUGGGGUCAGAGCGAUCCCUCGUGCUGGACAGACUAGCAAGUAACGUCGCCAAACGUAAGAGCUCUAUGCCUCAGAAAUUUGUUGGGGACAAGUGCCUGUCGGACAUGCCCUACGACAGCAGCGCCAGCUACGAGAAGGAGAACGAGAUGAUGCAGACGCACGUGAUGGACCAGGCCAUCAACAAUGCCAUCAGCUACCUGGGCGCCGAGUCCCUGCGCCCCCUGGUGCAGACGCCGCCGGGCAGCUCCGAGGUGGUCCCGGUGCUCAGCCCCCUGUACCAGCUGCACAAGCCCCACGCCGAGGGCCCCGCGCGCGCCAACCCCUCGGCCCAGGACAGCGCCGUGGAGAACCUGCUGCUGCUCUCCAAGGCCAAGUCCGUGUCCUCCGAGCGGGAGGCGUCGCCCAGCAACAGCUGCCAAGACUCGACGGACACCGAGAGCAACGCGGAGGAGCAGCGCGGCGGCCUCAUCUACCUGACCAACCACAUCACCCCCCACGCCCGCAACGGGCUGUCCAUCAAGGAGGAGCACGCGGCCUACGACGUGCUGCGCGCCGCCUCCGAGGGCCCCGCGGACGCCCUGCGCGUGAUCGGCGCGGGCGGGGAGCCGCUGAGGGUGUACAAGUGCGAACACUGCCGCGUGCUCUUCCUGGACCACGUCAUGUACACCAUCCACAUGGGCUGCCACGGCUUCCGCCACCCCUUCCAGUGCAACAUGUGCGGCUACCACAGCCAGGACCGCUACGAGUUCUCGUCCCACAUCACGCGCGGGGAGCACCGCUUCCACAUGACCUAAGGGCCCCUGCGGCCCGGACGCCCCGUCCCCUCGAGAGGAGCACGCGGGGCCGCUCCCCGCCGCCGCCGCCGCCGCUGCCGCCGCCGCCGCCGCCGGGCCCGGACCAGACCGCUGUGCUUCUCUCCCGUUUGCUUUGGAAAACCAAGAGGUUUCAUGGUUUAGCUGCAGGGCUCCCCCCAGAGCCCCAGAAGUGCUCUCUCGCUAGACGUGUUGGUAGCUUGCUAGCUGAAGUCCCCGCCCCUGUGGCUGCCUGUCCUCCGGACAAUGGCCAUUUUCAGAGAGUUUCCUAGAAACAGGCCAGAGCCUAGGAAGAAGGGGGGGCAGGUUCCUGGGCCAAGCGUGGGAUCCACGUAGCGGGCCGGGUGCCCACUGCCCAGCCCCUGAGCUGUGGCCGGAGCCACCCUGCCGGGGAGAUGCCCCACAGCAGGGCCGCGGGAACUGCAGCAUCCCGCCGGCCGACAGGCUGCAGUUAGAGGGAAGAUGCAUUGUAAGUCAGAUCCUGCCGGGGUUAACCCACUGCUGGGGAAAAGUGACCAGUGACCGUGGAGCAGAGCGAGGGACGGGAGAGCCUUGAGACUCGCCCGCGAAUAUUUCCAAAUUUCUGAGGCGUUGCUCGGCCACGGCCAAGCCUUCUGGGGCCUGAUGUCAAGUGGAACAAAUGCCAUGUCCCCUGGGGGGGCGCCCGGAGAACGCUGUUCUCUGCUCUCUCACCCCCAGGCAUUUAAUGGCCCCCAGAGUCUGUCACUACAUCUUUAAUCCCAGUCCUGGAAUUUAGACCUUAAUUCAGAAUUCGAAUGAUAAAAUCCCUCACACCAAACACUCUUCUAAACGCCACACUCGUUUCUUUGGUUACCUUUCCCCUGCCACCAGCUUCAACCCUGCGAGGACAAGCCUGUCCGGCCCAGAAGGCCGCUCCGACACCUCAGUUCAAGUUUGUCUGUAGCCGCAGCCUUGCCAGUUUUCUUGUCAGCCCUUCCUGCCCUCUGUGUCUCAGUCUCACUUUCAGACUCUCCUAAAGGCAGGCCUCAGAGUGACCGCUCUUUCUCAGGUCAAGGAAGCAGAGGCCAGAGGGAGCCCCGCAGGUGCUGCUCGCCCCGGGCACCUCAACUUUCUUUUUUUCUUUUCUUUCUACUUUUUCUGUCUUUUGAGGCCCACACCCUUGGCAUCUGGAAGUUUCCAGGCUAGGGGUCUAAUCGGAGCUGCCACCUACACCACAGCUCACAGCAAUGCCGGAUCCUUUAACCCCUGAGCGAGGCCAGGGGUCAAACCUGCAUCCCCAUGGAUACUAGUCAGAUUCUUAACCUGCUGAGCCACAAUGGGAACUCCCAGGGCACCUCAACUUUCAAACCAUCUGAAACUCUCCUGUAAGGGCGGAGGAGCGCUGUCUGGCUGCGUAGGCGGGACAUGUGCCCUCACACCCGUUCAUCUCAGCCUCCUAGAAGGAAGACAGGCCAGGUUCAAGUGUUUAUGGGGUUGGUCUUCACCACCAGUGUGCAGAGGGAGCACAUGAAACGGGGGACCAACUGUGCACAAGCACCUCUGCAUUUCCUCUCAGUCCAGGGCUCUUGACUUUGGGGGCUGGAUAGUUUGCAGGGGAUUCCCGCCACCCCUGGCGCACCAUCAGGGUCACGGUAGCAUCCCUGGCCCCUACCCAGUAGAUGCGGGCGGACCUCCAGUUAACUAAAUAUGUCCUCUGGGGAGCAGAAUUGUCCCUCCUAGAGAACCAAGCUGCUCUAGGUGAGUCCCAGACCAGUCGAGGGUCUGGAAGCCUCCCCCAGAGAAAGGCCCUGCAAGAACGUUCCCCGACGGCAGUCUGGAGCCUGACUCAUGUUCCUUUGGAGGCUUUAUCAGUUCUCUAAGUGAGUCACCCCCCUCCCGUCUUCAGAAGCGUACCUUCUCAGGCGCCUUUGGGUUUUGUUGAAAGGAGGGCAUCCCAUCCUCUCUGGCUGACCGAACGGCAGGACAUUGAGCCUGGACCUAGACAGAGGUGGGCUAACUCGGGCACUGGGAGAAGGAGCUGGCGCCUGAACAGGUUCCAGGUCAGAGACUUCGGAGAUGUCCAGUCUGCGGGCCAUUUUCAGCUGCCCUGUGCUUUCCCGCCCGUCCCACAGAGUCCAUUCGUUGAAAGGAGUUCUUUCUCCCCAUGGCUUCAAACAAAGCUUGCCCCCCCCCUGUAAAUAGCGCCCGCGGGAGUUGCUGUCUCCAGGGCCUUCCCCUCCUGCCCUCUGCUUUUUAGAGCCGAUCUGUUGAUCUCCGCGGCCUCUGUCGUGGUUUUCUAUUGUAACACCACUUUUCUCUGAAAUAAUUGUAUUUAAUGUCAGGUUUCAUAUCAUGUCAACGAGUAAUUAAAUUAUGUUGGAAAAGUGGUCAUUCUGUACCCAAAGCUGUUAGCGUUUUCCUUCUAGCUGGUAAAAGUAGGGUUUUGCAUGACCUUCCGCACAUCUGUUCUGUGGUUUGUUCUCUUGUUUGACGGGGUGAGCAUGUGUCUUGAGGAGUGCUGUCUAGGCUUCACGCACUCUCGUGUUUAAACUAAAUACACACCAAAGGAGGGGCCCUCGUAGCAGAUGGAUCUUGAUCACAAGGAGAAACCCUGGUUGGCAUUCCUGCCCCCACCCCACCCGGCGUCACCCAGCUUCUCUCCGUGCCCAGCGCCUGGACCCCUCCUUACCCAGGUCCUGCUGUACCUUGUACCUUAGAGUUUGGUCUUGUCCCAGUAGAAGAGUCACUAAAGAGAAUCGUAUUGUCACCAAAGGGUUGUCCCAGCAUCCAUCCCUUCAGAAACCAGCACAUUCCACCUGCAAUUCAGAACCAACCACAGAAGGAAAUCUCAGAAUCUUCACGGAGAAAGACUUGUUAGGGAGAUGUGAAUUUGUUUGUUUUGUUUUUGUUUUUGUUUUCUAUUUCGGGGCUUCUUUUCUUGGUUUGCUUUGAUUGCCUUGUGGCUCUUCUAGUGUCCUCUUCUUGCCAAAACCCAAGUGCGAUGGAGUGGACUUCUGGAGACACGUCACGAUGCAAAUGCAGUUCUCACGGCUGCACACUCUCAGCUCCAGCAAUAACGAAGGGUCACGCCACGUGAAACCCAGAUCUCCCUCCUUCAGCUCAGUGGGGGUUUAUUUUCCUUAUUUUAAAAUGAACCAAAAUUAGACGUAUUUAAGGCAUACAGACAUCAGAAAAAAAAAAAAAAAAGCGCAUAUGCUGUUGGUGCAAUAGCAUUCACUGUGAACACGUGAAACUGGAUAUUAACAGGCAGUCUUGCUUCCAGGACUUUCUAAUACACUUUUUUAUGAUGUCGUGUGUGGUGACCAUUCGGGCCCAAUGUGUCUGUAUCUGACGCAGCUUUAGGUGUUCGGCGGCUGUCCUGGCGGAUCCCUGUACAGGGUUGUAAAUGGGAAUGUGCAGUUCUCUUCCCGCUCUGCCUCUACGACGAUGUUAAAUUAUUUCUGUUUCGCUGUGAACAGGGGGUGGGGUGGCCCCUGCAGAAAAAGAGUAUUCUUUUGUACGCAUUUUGAAAUGCUUCUGUAGUGAUAGAAAAAAUAAAUGCAACGAACCCUC